UUGGUUAGAGGUAUCUUUGGAACAAAAAAGGUUAUUGGCCGCUCAAUAGCAGCUGCAGCGGCAACAACAAGCAAAAGACCUGUGGGUUUUGCACCAAAAGGGUUUCUUGCAGUAUACGUUGGUGAGAGCCUGAAGAAACAGAGAUACAUUGUUCCAGUUUCUUACUUGAAUCAACCUUUGUUUCAAGAUCUUCUCAGUAAAUCCGAAGAUGAGUUUGGAUUUGAUCAUCCAAUGGGCGGCCUGACGAUUCCUUGCCCAGAAGAUACUUUUCUCACCGUAACUUCAAGGAUCCAAGGAUAAUCAUCAUUCGGAGAAGCUAAUUAACAUGUCAACGCUAAAUUAGAGUUUUCUUUACUGUGUAAAUCGAUUAACAAUUUUUCAUCUUUCUUGCUGAAAGAUAUGUGAAUGCCAGCUUUGUGUAGUGAAUGAUGGAAUAUUUCUUA